AUGGUUUUUACUUUCUUCAGGAAGUUAUUCAGUCAGUCGAAAACUCGAACACCCAAGGAACGGAUUAACACUAUAACAAAAAAAGCAAGUUUAAACGCGGCGUUACAACAAACCAAUUCCGAGAGGGGCCUGAAUUGUUCGCAAGAGAACCAGCCCCACGCUGACAGUGGACCAGGUAGAACAUACCAACAGUCGAGUAUCAAUAGAAAACUUUCAGUGAAAAGAAGUCAAUCAGAUAUCAGUGUUGAUCAAAGUAACAUUAGUCAAUCGUGCAGUUUGGGAAAAUACUUAGAAGAUCUGGUUACCUGUCAGAAGGUAGAAUGUUGGGUUGAAGAGUGGGAACAGGCCCGUUUUAGGAAAAGUGUGGCGGAAUCCGCUGAGUGGUUUUUCACGCAGGCGGAAGUGGACAAUAUUCUACAUCGGACGGAGUGCGAGUCAAGAUUGUUGGUUGACAAGAAAGUCGCGCCAAAUCUUACCCUGAAACCAAGUUCGCAAAAGAGGCAUGUGGAGCUAGUACGUGAAGUCGUGCAUACAGCUGACUUAAAAGAAAAAACAAACCCACACCGAGAAUCACCGACCACAUCCACUGAACUAUCGGCAAGUUCAGUGCCAUCUGAAGGAUGCGUUGCCGAAAAUGAUCCUGCAGAUGGAAGCGUAAGGAUGAAACCGCAAGCAAAGGUGCUAACAAACAGGUUAAGAGAAGGCCAAAGUCAGUUUCAACGCAAAGGAAUGAUCAGCAGACAAUCAGUGGACGGGUAUACGAUCAGUAGCUUUACCGCAGACGGAAGCGUUGUGCCGGACAGCUAUUCAUCAGGAGUAUAUGCUUUUAAAGAAGGUGACAACCUCAGGUCCACCUACAAAUUUCGUGGAAAGAAGCCUGUUUCGAGUAAUCACUUCGGCGGUAAACUCAAUGAAACGCGGCACAAAAAGGUGAGGAGUAAUCAACGGUUAGCUGAAGGACAAAUCUCUAAUGUGGUAAGCAGCAUGGGUAAAUCUGUUGUCCCAGGACAAAUUCAAGCGAAGAACUUUCGUGUCGGCUACUCAGACGGUAAUCGGGAUAACAUCAGAGGGAACACAUACAUCCCAGUUUUGAUGCCUAGUGGGGAAUGCGGAUGGAGUGUAACAAGUAGUAAGUCCGGAGGGAACCAACAAAUGGGGAUGCAUCCAAUGACCGAUAAAGGUACGUGUGUAUACAAGGCAACACCUAUGAAUCAAUAUGGCGGGCUCAAAAAACUCGUCCAUUCUACUAGUCCUAGUAAAAGCGGUAUAUUGAAAGGGGCGCACAAACUUGUAAGCCCGACAGUGAGCAGUAGUGUCGAAAGCUGUUUGAAGAAGCCACGCCUAGUGGAUUCAGGUGGAAAUCAGGUACCCCUAGUCAAUGCCACGCAUCGAUCUACCAAGUCACAAAGACUGCAAACAAAGGCGACCCACUCAGCUACUGCACAAAAUAUUUCCCGAAACCGAAGAUUGGGCCAUCAGUACUCGCGCGGUAAGAGCACAGGUGCUGAGGACAAGCGAUUGGCAGGAAAUAAUCCAAAUUUAUCUGCUCCGCACAUGACACAAGUACUUCGAAGGACAACGAGAAACACGCACAGAUAUUCACAAUCACAGGGAUUAAACCCUCCUGCUGGAGUGGUCACCGAUCUAAGAAAGACUGGAAAAGGUUCGCUGAAUCAUAAGGCUAGGCGAACAUCAGCUGCAGAUCUUAAAACCAAAGGUUGCAGUGUGAAAGGAAUACGCAAGGUCAUAUCGACAUCUGAAGUACAUCCAUCAGGUAACCGGUCACAAAACAUGUUAUCUGGGGUAAACGAGAGUCAGGGUACUCAAGGAAAUAAGGCAGAAACCAAUAGGAUCCCGAUGUCAAUUUCUACUUACACUGCAGUUUCACUGAGACGACUGAUGCUAAGAGAAUUGGAAAAUUCAAGUAAAUACGCACCUUUUCAAGCCAACAACCACAACGGUGACCUGUUCAUCGAUCUAUGCCCGCAUCCAACAGCUGUAGCGAGUGAUGAGAGAGCCAAAAAUAGAAAAUUGAAGGUGAAGGUGUUCAAAAAGGAGCUGCCCUCUCAGCUGUGCAGUAGGAUCCGCAAACCUUUAUGCUAUUCCAGUCAAGCACACAACGAUGUAGCAUCCGGCCGCGAGGAAUGCAAAGUACAACCACUGAUGCAAUUAGAUGAGUUAAAGUCGUAUACACUGUCAGGCAGCACGCAGUCAGUCCCUCGCAAAGACAGAGUCCGAUCGGCUGAGGAGACGUCGGACACGUUUAUCCCAUCGGUAGCGUCUGAAUUCCUUCAUUCGAGUUCAGACGAACAGCUUGCAUUAAAGCAUCGUCCGAGACCGGGGGUCGCCCCAGGCCGAGGAAAAACCGCUGGAAACAAAGGGAAAGAAGUCAGUUCGUCUCAGAUUUUCCGCAAGAGAGAAUCAGAAGGAACAGAUAGGUUUGAACAGCAUGAAACAACCACUGCUGGAAAGGAGUGGAAGCGCCGUGAUCAAAAAAGUGAUGGACAUAAUACACUCGAAGGAAUGACAGCUAAAAAGUCGGAGGAAGGACCAAGAGUACCUGACCAAAUUGUGUCAAAAACCAGUAGAAGUUGCUCAAAUAAACGUUACAAGCGCAAAUACCGUACCAGCAAAAGAAAGCACUUGAUGGGGCGCCGAAUACGGAGUGGCUUGCGACGAAAUCAAAGGCAUCCCAGACGAGCUUCGCAAUGCGUAGGGGUAUAUGUGAGGCGAUCACCACUUACAGGGUAUAAGAAAGCGCCAAUUCAGAUGACCAGAGGUACAAGAAUACCGUGGAAUUUUAGUCCGCGCAACCCGGCCUUGCGCUAUUACGAUAUACGACCAAUAGAGUCCGCUCUGUGGCCAGACGGCAGAGUCCCAGAUGUGGACCAGGAAGUGCCGAGGAAAUUAGCAAUCCAAAGAUAUAAGACCCGUUGGGCCAAAUGCACUCCUGAGACCAGAAGAUAUAGAAUUCGUGGCAAACACAACCUAAUAGAGACGUGGAUGUGCCGACGACGGUUAAAUUCUAACGAACAAGAGAGAAAACGUGAAUGGCCAAACGGAAGUGCAUGCAUGUAUAGUAGGAAGCAGAGUCUGGACCGCAAUUUGACAGAGACACGUUGCUCAACAAAUGAGGGAAUGGGCAUGCGGAGAAAGGUUGAACAACACACACCUCAGUCAUUACGGUCGUCCAAAACGGAGUCGAAAAAUGCAAAAACGAAUGACUUUCAUGAUACCGGAAAGUUUCUUCAAGCAGGCGAAAGGGCAAGGGUUCCCUCUAUGAGAUGCCAGCAUUCAAGUGACAAGAUUCGUGGCAACGCAGUGACGGAGAAAAGACGUAAAAAAUCACCACCGUUAUGGUCCGCAGUUGCUCCACGAAAAACAUCAUCUGAAUUUAGCAAUGGUAGGCGAAGGAGUCAAUCACUGUCUAACUCAUGCAAACCAAGACAACGAAGAGGACGGGAUCAUAAACCAACUAAACAAGAGCGUAGAGCACAGGUGAAUCCCAUACAAGGCGGUUUUAGAUCCCCCACGUUGAUGGAUUUUAUUGCCUACGUGUCGGUAAUACCAUCGGAGAUCGACGAAAUGGUGCUGCCAUUCCGAGCCUGCAACCUUUUACGUAGCUACCUAAAGGAUAUUAACAAAUUGCUACGUACUUUGGAGUCUGAAGUGACAGACUACGGAGAGGUUCCCCUACAGGAUGACGAUUUUGCCCCUAAUGUUACCGCCACCGUCAAAGAUAAGCCAACAAAACCCUGUCAUAGAUUUGACAUGAAGAAAGACUAUAAGGUAAUACAUUUGUUACAUAGGUUGCGAAACCGUCUCGCGUCAACCAAAAGAGAAAGAAGGCGUAUAGAUAUUAACAAAUCACUGCACAGGCAUAUCGUCCACAACCUCGAAGGAGACGGGGCUAACAGAAAAAGUAGCUCAUCUGUUCGGAGGUCGAUGAAGGCAGAGACAAUGAGUAUGGGACAGAACCCAGAAAAUGCGCCGUGUAAAGUGAGGUAUUGGCAGCAGCUGCUGCGCGACAUUCAUGAACCGAUGUUGUCUCAACUGCUGCAGCGACUGUCCGCAGUCACUGAUCGCAGGAUAUACGCGAUCGAGAAGCAGAACGAAUGUCGAAUCCAUCUGGAUGAAAAGACGAUCUACUGUGUACGAGGUCUCCCAUGCAUGAAGCUUACGAUCAGUUCGUCUAAAAGGGACAACGUGCAGAGAGCGCUAGUGCAACUUCAAGCGCAAUUCCCAAACAUUUUCAAACAGAUUAUAUACACCGAACGGUUUUGUGGACGGAGCCUAGGUAGCCGGAUUCCCACUGAUUGCAAACUUAUCUUCGGUACUCAGCAGGAAACAUCUCAAAGACACACAUCUAGUAACAUAUGUCAUGUUAUACCAGUGAUUGAAAAGGCCAAAAAACAAAAAACGAAACCGAUGAUAACUCUUAGCAUGCCUGCAUGUGAGUGACAUCCACGUUGAACAAUAUGGAGUUUAUGGAGAGUUGCUUCUUCGACCAGAACAAUCCUUAAUACAGUUAACAUCGCGACUGAAUGCACAUAAAAAAUGGGAUCAUGCAAAAUGAAAGUGAAAAAUCAAUCCGAGGC